AUGGACCAGAUAAAGCCAGAGCAAGGCACCCAGAGAAGGAGACUGGGGCCCUGCUGCUGGAAGGUGACCGCUGCUGCUGUGGUGGGCAGCGCAGCAGCCCUCUGCCUGGGGCUCCUGCUGGCCUGCCAUUCCAUGGGAGAGGCCAGCUUUGAGCAUACAGUGGAGCUGCAAGGAAUCACAUUCAACAGCAGCUUACAGAUGGAGAACUCGGACUACUACAGGGUGCUGACACCUGCUCUUGAGAGGCUGUUUCUGUCCAGUCUCCAAGACUCCCAGCUGAACUGGAGUUGCACUGGUUGCACCAUCCUGGGCUACAGUAGGAAUGGAAACUCCGGCGUGAUCGUCCAUUUCCGCCUGCUCUUCACCCCGCAGGAUUCCCAACCCCUGAGCUCUACCUUGGAGGAGGAAGCUCUCAGGCAUGGGCUGGCAGCUGCCCUGCACAGGCAGGGUUUUUCCCUGACUGCCUACGGGACCAUCUCCUCAGCUUCUCUCACAGGUCCCAACAAGGUGUCUUCCCACAGACCUGGACUGAAAUCAGGUAAGAGCCAGGCUGCCCUAUGCCAUUCCAAGUACUAUCCUGCUGCUUCAGCAUAUGCCAGCAGCACACACAGAGCUGAAGCAGCUUUUCCCACUUGCCCCCAAGAGCAUGUUGCUGGGGUGCAGUGGCAGGAUCCUGAUGCCCUGGCUUUCUCCUCCCUUUCAGACUGUGGCAGUCGCCCUGCCAUGAAGACAGCCAGCAGGAUAGUUGGAGGCUCAGAGGCGUCCAGAGGGGAGUUCCCGUGGCAAGUGAGCCUGCGAGAGAACAAUGAGCACUUUUGUGGUGCUGCAAUCCUCACUGAGAAGUGGCUGGUGUCUGCUGCUCACUGCUUUACUGAGUUUCAGGACCCUGCCAUGUGGGCAGCUUACACAGGGACCACCUCCCUCAGAGGCUCUGACAGCAGUGCAGUGAAAAUGGACAUUUCACAGAUCAUCCCACACCCCUCUUACAAUGCUGACACAGCUGACUAUGAUGUGGCCGUGCUGGAGCUGAAGAGACCUGUGACCUUCACUAAGUACAUCCAGCCCGUGUGCCUGCCAGAUGCUGGCCAUCACUUCCCCACCAGCAAGAAGUGCCUUAUCUCUGGCUGGGGCUACCUCAAGGAGGAUUUCUUGGUAAAACCUGAGUUCCUGCAGAAAGCAACAGUGGAGCUCCUAGACCAGAACCUAUGUUCCAGUCUCUACAGCCAUGUCCUCACAGACAGGAUGAUGUGCGCUGGCUACCUGGAGGGGAAAGUCGACUCUUGCCAGGGUGACUCUGGUGGGCCCCUGGUUUGCCAAGAACCAUCUGGCAGGUUUUUCCUGGCGGGAAUUGUGAGUUGGGGUAUUGGAUGUGCUGAAGCCAGGCGGCCUGGGGUUUACACACGUGUUACCAAACUCAGAGACUGGAUCUUGGAUGCUAUUUCUGCCUUCCCUACCUCCAUAGCCCAUACUGUUCCUCCAGUACACUUUAGUACUAACAGUAACAUGGUCAACACUGAAGAGUUCAACACCACCACCGGAGCAACCCCUACCACCUCACCAGCCCCAGCUGCCAGCAGGCCAGUGACUGCAGCAAGACCACGAGGUAUGACUCUCCAUUCCAAGGAGCCCUCCCAGCAACUUUGCAAGGAGAUGAAAAUGAAGGAGUGUGGAGGACGACCCGGCUUCUCUAAACCCAGCAAGAUUGUGGGAGGAACAGAUGCUUCCAGAGGAGAGAUCCCUUGGCAAGUCAGUCUGAAAGAAGACUCAAGACAUUUCUGUGGAGCCACCAUCAUUGGAGACCGCUGGCUGCUGUCAGCAGCUCACUGCUUCAAUGAGACAGUGCCAGAAGAGAUCGAAGCCUAUGUGGGAACAACAUCACUAAAUGGAACAGAUGAGAAUGCAGUGAAAGUCAAUGUAACAAGAGUGAUCCCACAUCCCCUCUUCAACUCCAUGAUUCUGGACUUUGAUGUGGCUGUACUUGAACUGGCAAGACCUCUUACCUUCAACAAAUACAUACAGCCUGUGUGCCUCCCACCUGCCGUGCAGAAGUUUCCUGUUGGCAAGAAAUGCCUCAUUUCUGGAUGGGGUGACCUCCAGGAAGGGAAUGACACCAAGCCUGAGAUCCUGCAGAAAGCAACUGUGGGCAUCAUAGAACAGAACACCUGCAACUUCCUCUACAACUUCUCCCUCACUGAUCGAAUGAUCUGUGCUGGCUUCAUGGAAGGGAUGGUAGACUCAUGCCAGGGAGAUUCAGGUGGACCCUUGGCCUGUGAGGUUACCCCAGGAGUGUUUUACCUUGCUGGCAUCGUGAGCUGGGGAUUUGGUUGUGCCCAGGCUAUGAGACCUGGUGUGUAUUCCAGAAUUACCAAAUUCACAAACUGGAUCCUGGACACCAUCUCCCAGUUGCCCAGUGGUGGCACAAGCAUCCCUUCCAGUUCAGCGAUCCCUAGAACUUCUAUCACAGCCAGUUUUACCCAGCCCAGCACAAUGCCUACAAGUGCAGUCAGCAGAAUCACCCUGGGGACGAAGAUGAGCACAAGCAUGAGUGAAACUUCCACAGCUCUGAGAACAACUGAGACUGCCAAGCCUACCCAAACCCCAGUGGUGCCUUGUACCAGCCUCACUUUCAAGUGUUCCAGCAAGGUGUGUAUUGGAAAAGAAAAUCCCGAAUGUGAUGGUGUUGUGGACUGCAGCAACGGCUUCGACGAGCGCAACUGUGACUGUGGCUUAACAACUGCUCUGGCCUCCAGCAAGAUCGUGGGUGGCAGCAGUGCAGCUCGAGGAGAAUGGCCCUGGCAAGUCAGUCUCUGGCUUCGACAGAAGGAGCACAAAUGUGGGGCUGUCCUCAUUGCUGACCAGUGGCUGCUCUCUGCAGCUCACUGCUUUGACAUUUACAGUGACCCCAAAAUGUGGGUGGCCUUUCUAGGAACACCCUUCCUGAGUGGCAUCGAUGGCAAAAUGGAGAAAAUAUUCCGUAUCUACAAACACCCUUUUUACAACGUCUACAGCCUAGACUACGAUGUAGCACUACUGGAACUAAGCAGACCUGUCACAUUCAGCAGCACCAUCAGACCUAUAUGUCUCCCAGACAAUUCUCACAUCUUCCAUGAAGGGGCCAGAUGCUUCAUCACAGGCUGGGGCUCCACAAAGGAAGGAGGUCUCAUGUCAAAGCAUCUGCAAAAAGCAGCAGUGAACAUCAUUGGAGACCAGGCCUGCAAAAAGUUCUAUCCUGUCCAGAUCAGCAGCAGGAUGCUGUGUGCUGGUUUCCCACAGGGCACCGUCGACAGCUGUUCAGGUGAUGCAGGUGGGCCCCUGGCAUGUAAAGAACCUUCAGGGAAGUGGUUUCUAGCAGGAAUCACAAGCUGGGGCUAUGGCUGUGCCAGGCCAUACUUCCCUGGUGUCUACACCAAAGUCACAGCUGUCCAGGGCUGGAUUGUGCAGAACCUCAAGCUCUGAAACUGCAUUUCACCACUCAGGGAAGGCGAUGAAUGAGAGGAAUAACUGCCAGAGGAUGCACUAACCCCUCAGCUACUGUACAUUUUCCUGAUGUUGCAAAGGGGUGAAGAUGGCCUUGCAGGUAUUAAGCAAAUGCCAGUGUUGUGUGGCCUGCUGGUUGUUAUACCAAGGCAUUUGAUAACUGCUUUGCAUAGAGUGGUACAAAUUCUAGACCUU